AGUCUCGAGGCGAACCCCUGCGGGCAGGGGCCACCCAAUUCGCACCGGACGCGCGUCUGGGCCCCUCCGUAGCAGGGGCGUGCGCGUCUCGGCGGGGGCGCGGGCCAUGUCGGCCGCGGCCGCACUCGCGCGGCCGGCGGCCGUGACGUCUGCCGCGGGCGUGCUCAGCCUGCUGGAGGAGCAGGAGAACCAGCUGCGCGUGGCCGCCCUGGAGAGGCUGAACGAGGUGGUGGACCAGUUCUGGCACGAGAUCGCGGAUUACCUCGCGGACGUCGAGAGCCUCUACGAGGACGACGGCUUCCCAGGCCGGCAGCUUGCUGCCCUGGUCGCGUCCAAGGUCUACUACCACCUGGAGGAGUACGAGGACGCGCUGAAGAUGGCCCUCGGCGCGGGGCAGCAGUUCGACCUGUCGCAGCGCUCGGAGUACGUCGACAAGAUCGUCGCGGUGGCCAUCGACGAGUACGUGAAGCUGCGCGCGGAGAACUUCGAGCUGGAGAUCAAGAAGAAGGACCAGAAGGAGAUCGACCCGCGCCUGGAGGACGUGGUGAACCGCAUGUUCCAGCGCUGCCUGGAGGACAAGGCGUACAAGCAGGGCCUUGGCAUGGCCAUUGAGUGCAGGCGCCUGGACAUGAUCAAGUCCUUCAUCACCUCGGCGGACGACGUGGCGAACAUGCUCGAGUAUGCGCAGACCUGUGCGAUGAGCAUCAUCACGUCGAAGAGUUUCCGCGAGCAGGUCCUGAAGGCGCUGAUCGAGAUCUACAGUGGCACCAAGGACGUCAACUAUUCGGCCCUGUCGCAGUGCCAUUUCAUCCUCAACGACCCCGUGUCGGUUGCCAAGGUCUUGAAGGAAUUGCUGAGCCGCGGCGACAAGGAGGGCCGGCUUCUGGCCUACCAGAUCAGCUUCGACAUGGUCGACAACGAAAACCAGCACUUCUGCAACGCGCUGCUGUCCUCGCCGCUGCUGAAGUUGAAGGAGCCGCUGCCGGCGGAGCCAGCUCCAGCACCGGCUGCGGAGGGCGCCGCGGCGGAGGGCGGUGGGGCGGAGGCUCCCGCCGCGGAGGCGGCGGCGGAGCCCGCCGUUGCGCCGGUGGACGACAUGCCCGCGGAGGACAAGGAGAACCUCGUCCAGCUGAGGAGCAUCCUUUCUGGGCGCCGCUCCAUCGACCUCCACCUCGAGUUCUUGUACCGUAACAACCGGUCCGACCUCCUCAUGCUGGAGAUCAUCAAGAAUUCGAUAGAUUCCAAGAACUCAGUCACCCACAGUGGCACAGUUAUGGCUCACAGCCUCAUGCAGUGCGGUACCACCAGUGACGUCUUCCUCCGCAAAAACUUGGAGUGGCUCGCCAAGGCGACGAACUGGGCGAAGUUCAGCGCAACCGCGUCCCUGGGCGUGAUCCACAAGGGACACAUCAAGGAGUCGAGGUCCAUUCUCAGCACGUACCUGCCCAGGGAGCAGGCUGGUGGCGCUCGUGGCAGCCCGUACUCCGAGGGAGGCGCCCUCUACGCCAUGGGCCUGAUACACGCCAACCAUUACGAUCCGGAGACGAAGGCCUACCUCCUGGAGCAGCUGCACAACGCGCAGGCCACCGAGGUGCUGCAGCACGGCGCCUGCCUCGGCAUCGGGCUCGUGAGCAUGGCCACGGCGGACGAGAACGCGUACGAGGAGUUGAAGCAGACGCUGUACACGGACACGGCGGUUGCGGGCGAGGCCGCGGCAUAUGCCAUUGGUCUUGUGAUGGUCGGUUCCGCCUCGGAUAAGGUUAUCGCGGAGCUUCUGGCCUACGCCCACGACACGCAGCACGAGAAGAUUAUCCGCGCAUGCUCGCUGGCUCUGGCCAUGAUCAUGUUCCGGAAGGAGGAGGAGGCGGACAACUUGAUUCAGCAGAUGUUGCUGGACAAGGACGCGAUCCUCCGCUACGGCGCCUGCUUUUGCAUCGGCCUCGCCUAUGUGGGCACCUCCCAGAAUGCGGCCAUCCGGAAACUGCUGCACAUCUCGGUCUCGGACGUGUCGGACGACGUGCGGCGGGCUGCCGUGAUGGCGAUCGGAUUCGUCAUGUGUAACGUCCCCGAUCAGUUGCCAGGAGUAGUGAAGCUGCUUUCCGAGAGCUACAACCCCCACGUGCGAUACGGAGCGGCAAUGGCACUGGGCAUCGCGUGCGCUGGCAGCGCUCAACUCGAGGCGCACAACCUCCUUCAGCCGCUCAUGUCCGACGCCUCCGAUUUUGUGAGGCAGGGGGCGGUCAUAUCAAUGGGGCUGCUGUACAUGCAGACUUCGCCAGGGAAGACAGACCGGGUUAAGGCCUUCCGUGACAAGCUCCAGAAGAUGAUCGGGGACAAGCACGAGGACGUAAUGACGCGGUUCGGCGCGAUCCUCGCGAACGGCAUCAUGGACGCGGGGGGCCGGAACUCCUGCGCCUCGCUGUUCUCCAAUUCCGGGGUGCUUCGGAGAGGCGCGGCGAUAGGCUUCUGCCUCUUCACCCAGAUGUGGUACUGGUUCCCCCUGAUCCACAUGUUCUCGCUGACGCUCACGCCGACGGCGCUCAUCGGCCUGACAGAGAAGCUCAGGAUACCGAAGAACUUCUCUCUCAAGUCUGGCGCUCGACCGUCUCUCUUCGCCUACCCCGAGCCGCUGAAGCCGCCGAAGAAGGAGGAGCAGGCAAAGGCGGCCACCGCAGUGCUCUCCACGGCGGCGAAGGCGAAGGCGCUGCGGGAGAAGAAGGAGAAGGAGAGCACGGACAAGAAGCAGGAGGCCGCCGCCGACAUGGACGUGGACGACAAGGCGUCCGUUGCCGGCACGGCCAACUCUGCGGCCAACAUGUCCAUGUCCGUGGCGUCCGUGGCCGGCACAACCCAAGGCGCAUCUGUGGCGGCGACGCCAGGGACCACCAUCGUUGGAUCCGCAGCCACCGAGUCCGUGGCUGCAGACGACCUGGACGAGUGCGCGGCGGACGCAGCCGCUGCGAGCGCCGUGGAGGAGGCCGGCACGAGUGCGUCUUCGAAGGGCCCGGAGCUCGGCGACAAGGCAGCCGCGGCGGCGCCCGCGGAUGCGAGCGAGGAGGCGAAGAAGAAGGACGGGGAGGGCGAGGAGAAGAAGGGCGCGGAGCCUCCAGAGCCGAGCGAGGAGAUCUUGAGCAACCCGUGCCGUGUCCUGAAGGCCCAGAUGCAGCACAUCUCCUUCCCGAAGGAGAUCGACUCGCAACCGGUCCGAUACGCGCCGCUGCUUGGCAGCAGGCGCGUGGGCUUCCUCCUGCUGAGCGACAGCAAGCCCGACGAGCCCGAGGACUUGUUCCUCGAGGAGGACAAGGCGGACGCGGCGGAAGAGAAGGAGCCGGACCCCCCCGCGCCGUUCGAGUGGACGGACGCCGACUGACAUCCCUCCC